GUUUUGCCUGUCUAUAAUGGAAUGUGCAUAAACAAGAGAGUCUCAAUGAAGUUAGAUGCACGGUUGAUGAGAUUUGCUAGAUGGCUUAUUCUCCAUCUUUUCAACGUGACGGAAGAAAAAGACGAUUAAGAAGCCUGAACUGAUAGUGCAAUCCCAUGCACGUUUACUCUUAAGGAAGCCUCAUUGAGUUCCAUGCUGUUUCCUCCCAAGGAAGCGUGCAGCGGGCUGCAGGCCCUGAGCCAGUCUUGGGGUAAAUUAAUUUAUUUGCUUAAGGAGGAGUAAGUUGGAGACGCGGAGAAACCAACUGGGCUGACAGAAAAUAUGCGAUAUGGGCAAUAACGAACACAGUCACAUUUCUUCCAACAAGGUUUAAACGUAGACCCCGCCGCAAUUCCGCCGACCUCACAUGUUUGCCUCAGGCGCAAGGACCGGGCGAUUGCCAAAUACAUGUAGCCAAUCAGAGUGGUGUUCUGCUCCUUUCCGACCAAUCAAUGUCAGGUAGGGGCGUGGCCAAGCCCCUCUGAGAGAUUUUUUUUUUUUUUAAAGGUCACUAGGUCCUUGGAAGGGCGGGAAAAGAAAAGGCGAGCAAUUCGCGUUUCCAGCCCCCUUAUCAGGCUAACCGUCUCAGCACGAGGCUUGCCCCGCCCAUCUUUACUUUUGCACGCGGGGGGCGUGGCCUGCUUAGGCAGUUGGAGGGGGGAGGCGGGGUUCACAGCGGAGGGAGGUGUGGGUGGUGAAAAGAGGGGAGGGGGGCUUGACCCCAAUAACAAUAGGCAGAGUCAGAGAACGUGAGGUCUCUUUGCCAUAGGCCCCCCUAUUUCUAGAAGGAAAGGUGCUGGGGCUUAAACUUGUCUCCCCCCACCACCCCUUUGAUCCUGACCUCAGAUAUGUAUGGGAACUGAGACGGGAGGGGAGAGGAUUUUGUAUGGUCAAGGUACUCUUGCUUCUCUUCAUGUUUCAAGGAUGAGUCUUGGUGUUAAAAACAAAAACAAAACAGAGUCGAACCUGGUUGGAACCGGUCUCCAGGAAUCAGGAGCAACCUUUAGGUCACUAUUGAAAGCAGUCCUAAAUGAUUUGAUCGUGGAGGGAAAAUAUUCAGGAACAGCAGCCCUAGCUGAGCUCUGGAACAUCAAUUCUUCAGUAUGAAUUCUUGCUGCAGGGAAGAAGGAGGCAAACAGCCCUUAACCAGCAAUGGCUUACCUUGUUCUUUCCAACCACUGAAAGCUUCCCAGUCAGGGCAGCAUGGUGCUGAGGAGAAAUCUGUCAGGCUCAAACGCCGCCGAACCAGAAGGGAGCGUGACUGUGUCAAAUUUGGUAGGAAUGUCACUACUGACAGGGUCCCAGACAAAAGGCUCAGCUGCAAAGGCCUUCAGAAGACGUUGCCCCCUUUCUGGGUUUCUCAGCUUAGCAGCUGUGCUACAUCAACUCCUAUUCAAGCCAUCAAAGGGAGCUGCAUGGCAAAAUCGGUGAUUAUAACCCAAAACAGACUCUCACAUCACCUGGGCAUGUUUAAUAGGGAGGUGAAAUCUGCUGACAUAGAGAGGUUAUUAAGUCCCAGAACUGAGGUCCGGGAAGUAACUCCUUUACGAACUGACAGUGGAGCAGAGAUGCAGCUGAGAGAAGAGACUGAGCCUUCUAAAUCCUCUGGUGCUGCUCAGAAAUCUAUGCCCAAUGAGCAGUUGGGAUCCAGUGUAAAGGAUGCCUGUGGACAGAAUGAGGAUUCCGUUCCUACUGUUUUUCCUGCUGUUCCUAAGCAGAUUACAGAAUACCAUUCUGGAGCUAUUGAACACACGGCAGAUACAAGAUCCCAGCCUUCAGCUGGUGCCACUGCCGUGGACUUUGGUCAACAAUUGGAAAUCCAGACUUCAGAGAUGGAAACUUUUCCGAGUAACGCCUCAGUGGUUUUGAAUGAAAAGGAAAAUGCGCCUCCUGUGACCACAACAGGAACCAAGUUGUACAGAGAAAAAUCUUUAAGGCAACUGGCCCAGGACCUGCAAAAGCUUCUGGACCUCAAGGCAAUAUUCCCAGGACGUAACUUAAUUAGUGAAACACGUCAGGCGGUUAUCGGCAUGCUGCUACAGCAGAAGAAAACAUUACCAGACUUCUCCGGCUUGAUAUUGCUCAAGAAGUUAGCAGGUGGUUAUAACAAUGACACCACCAGGGCAGAUUUCAAGAGUGCAGCUGACAGGGAUCAGGAGUUGCAGUUACAAUUGCAAUCUAGCGGUGGAAGCAGGAACUCUGACCAGGGGGUUUCUCUGAAAAAGAGGAGAGAACGAGAACCAUUGUUCCUUACCAGCCCCACUCCCUGUCCUGUGCAUACAUCCACAAGAAUGGCAGAAGAGAGAUCAGCCCACAGGGAAGACUUUGAAUCCUUUUCUGAGCCAGAGGUGUGUGACCAACAUAGCUUCUACCUGGCAGCAGUUCAGCCCCACCCUCACCUUCCAUCUGUUUCUUCUCAGCAUGUGAAUUCAGUAGCCGAAAGCUCCUCUGCAUCAGAGGGACAGUCUCUGCAGGAGACGUUCCUCAGAACUGCUCAGCACUGGGAACAAGGACUCCGAGCGGCUCUUUGGGAGUCCAGAAGUAGGCCAGGGAAGGUCGAAGGAGCCAAUGGGCAGCUGCCAAAGAAGGUUUCCAAAAGGCAAUGCCUGCCGUUUGGUACUCAGAAUUCCUUUGGCUCAGUCAAUCUGAACGUGAAUGAUAAAGGAGUUGGCCGUUUCCCCCUGGCUGAUUCCCAACAGUACUCCUGUGUCUAUGAAAUCAGCCCAGAGCGAUGGAAUUUCCGGGAGACCGAGCCUGCUGCAAUCCACAGCUUGCAUCCUUCACAGGAGCUGUGUGGUCCCCAGCCUCUGGAUUUAGGGCUUAGGACCACUGAAAGAGCUGCUUCUGAAUCUCAGACAUCCUUCGAUGUCUUAAAAAGCAUCUGGAGCCCCAAAGCAGCAGUCAAAGGAGCCAAACUGCCCGAGUCCAAGGCCCUGGGCUUCCCUCGUUUGGCUCACCAACAACCAUCUUCCAGAGAGCUGAACUUAGAACAAGGACAGCCAAAGGAGUUUUUCCAACUGUAUAGCAUCAUCCCCCAGCAGCACUGCUCCUUGUACAGACCAAAUCCUCAGCAAGAAGUGUGCAUGCCCGGCAUACGCCCACAGCCUGGAAAUGGGUGGUUCACUGUACUGGCAAAACCCAGAACCCACUGCCAGAAGGUCUCCCUAGAGCAAGGGAGAACCUCAAACAGUUCCUGGUUUGGGGGACUGACAGAGGUCCCUGCAAGAAUGCCGGGAAGGAGGGACACGGGCUGCCCCAGAUUUGAGAACCGGGCUUGCAGUCUGGAAGAGAGGCUACUCCAAAUUGAAGAGGUGCAGCAACUGCGGGUUUUCCAGCAGCUGCCAAUGUCCUAUUUCCCCCCGUCAGAAGCGCUAGAGCAUGGGCACUCCCCACUCCCCACCUUACAAGGACAACUCCUGGGGCAGUCCAGCCCUGAACCUUGGGCCUUCCCCCGAAUGAAGUUGUACUGAAAAGAUGUGGGGAGCUGCAUUCUUGAAUGAGUGAGGGCCCUGGAAAAGAAAUGCAGUGGAUUGAUAUGAAGAGGAGAACCCAGGUUAUUUGAAAGAGGCAUUUCCUACUUCCCCCAAAAUCACAACUCUCCCUCCCUCAUUUAGUUCUGUGACUCCGUGGUAGUCUUUUAAAGCGCAUUUAUUUCAGCCUAUUCAUAGAGGACUAAGCUUCAGCUUUGAUGUACAGAACUCUUCCUUUGGGCACCACAGGCCACGGAGUAAUGUAUUGGCAAGCAGCAGGUAUAAGUUGCUUCUUUCUCAGUACCCAAGAUAGUGCACAAGAUAACAUUACUAGCUCCAUUAAAUUGCCAUAUUUCAACAA